UAUAUAUACUUAAUUAUGUAGUAGAAAAUUAUGCGAAAAUUACGAAAGAUUUCAAUCAUAAUAAGAAACUGCUUAAUCACCCGACGUAUCUAAUAAGGUGAGAUGCAAUGGUUCCUCAUCGAUAGUUGUUUUUGAUGUAACAGCUGAUGAGAGAGAUGUCAUGAGAAAUAACUUUUGAUUAGGAUGGCUGAACUAGUCGAUAUUGUAAUGGUUUUGAUGAUUGUGGCGUGACAAGCAGCAUUUUCCAUCGACAAGGAGUAUAACUGUCAAUAUUGUAAAUAAGUAACGAUGAUGCUGUGCAGGUUUAUAAGGGCAGGCACUUUUCUGCACAUGAGACCGAGUAACUUGUAUAACAACUCACUUUCCAAGUGUUACGCGCGGACAUACGUUUUACAAUCGUCUCAGCUUUCGAGGAGAAAAUUGCUGAACCUCAAGCACUUGAAGAAAUUCACCUCAGAUGCCUUCAAGACCAGAGUGAUAGAGGCCAGCAAACAGGCUGGUGGUUUUAAAAAAGUUAAAAACAAAGAGCUCCGCAGAUUGCUUUUACUGGCAGCGCCGGAAAAGUGGAGACUUCUAGGUGCCAUUACAUUUUUAAUCAUAUCCUCUACAGUUACUAUGGCUGUACCAUUCUGCCUUGGUAAAAUCAUAGACAUUAUUUACACCAAAGACCAGGACAAGACAAGGGACAAUUUGAGUAAUGUUUGUCUCGUGCUGCUCGGAGUUUUUGUGUUUGGUGGAUUGUGCAACUUUGCCCGAGUGUAUCUCAUGUCAACGACGGGACACAAGAUCACUCAGGCCCUGAGGAAAAAGGCGUACGCCGCUAUUUUGAGUCAGGAGACCGCCAUGUUCGAUACCGUCAGCACUGGAGAAUUGGUCGGGAGACUGUCAGGUGACGCGCAGCUCGUGAGUUCGGCGGUCACGAGCAACAUAUCCGACGGUCUGAGAUCUGGCAUUAUGACGACAGCCGGGAUUUCGAUGAUGUUCUACGUGUCUCCGCAAUUGGCAUUGGUGGGCCUCUCGGUCGUGCCUCCAGUGGCAGGAAUGGCCAUUCUCUACGGCAGGUUUGUCAAGAAAAUCUCGAAAGACGUGCAAAACAGCCUCGCCGUACUAAACACGACCGCGGAGGAGAAGAUCAGCAACAUAAGGACGGUAAAGGCCUUUGCCCAGGAGCUCAACGAAAUCGAGACCUACGGCAAUAAGCUGAAGGACCUGCUAAAACUGUGCUACAAGGAGAGCUUCUACCGUGGCUCGUUCUACGGACUGACGGGGCUCUCGGGCAACGCGAUAAUACUCUCGGUGCUCUACUACGGCGGCUCGAUGCUCUCCGACUCGACGAUAACCGUCGGCAACCUCAGCGCGUUUCUCCUCUACGCCGCCUACGUGGGUAUAUCCAUGGGUGGGCUGUCGAGCUUCUACUCCGAGCUGAACAAAGCCCUCGGCGCCAGUACGCGGCUGUUCGAGUUGAUAGACCGCCAGCCGAGCAUACCGAUCGAGGGCGGCCGGAUCCCAAAGGCAGAACUCUCGGGAGACAUUGUCUUCAAGGGCGUCGACUUUGCGUACCCAGCGAGGAGCGACUCGAUGAUCCUGAGGGACUUCAACCUCCAAAUCCCGAGAAACUCGAUGACCGCGGUCGUCGGGCCCUCCGGCUCCGGGAAGUCAACGGUGGCCUGCUUGCUCCUAAGGCUGUACGACCCGGUCGGUGGCUCGGUGCUGCUGGACGGCCACGACCUACGAGAGCUGGAGCCACGCUGGGCAAAGCGGCAGUUUGGCUUCGUCGCUCAGGAGCCGGUCCUCUUCAACGGCACCAUCAGGGAAAACAUAACGUACGGCAGCACCGACGCGACUGAGGAGGACGUGCUGCGAGCAGCCAGGCAAGCCAACGUCCUGGAGUUUGUCGAGAAGAUGCCCAACGGCCUGGACACCCACGUGGGCGAGCGGGGAAUCACUCUCAGUGGAGGCCAGCGCCAGCGGGUCGCUAUCGCGCGCGCUCUCAUCAAGAAUCCGAAGAUCCUGAUACUGGACGAGGCGACGAGCGCCCUGGACUCUGAGUCCGAGAAGCUAGUGCAAGAGGCUCUAGAGCGGGCUACAAAGGGCCGCACCGUCCUUACGAUAGCCCACCGGCUGAGCACGAUACGCAACGCGGACAAGAUAGCCGCCCUGGACGGGGGAAGGGUGGUGGAGAGCGGCACCUACGAGGAGCUGAUGGCUCUGCCGGAUGGCCUCUUUCGGAAGCUCGUCAAGUACCAGACUUUCGGGUGAAGCUUGCCCUGCUGCGUGAAACGGAGUGUCUACGACUACUAGACGAAGAAACGAAACGUCGAGAUAAGCAAUUAUUGUGUCAUUGUGCGAUGCGAUGCGGUCGAAAGAAAGAGAGAGAGAGAGAGAGAGAGAUUUUUGUACGAGGCUCCUUCACGAAACAAAAAGAACACGUGUAACGGAGGAAAGGCAGCACUAGCGGUGAAUAUUUUUGAAGGCCCAAGAAAAAAAAAAAUUCGCGCGUUUCAAUAUAUUUUUAUAUAAUCUACUUGACGGACCCAAUAAUUUUUAUAAAUAUUUUCCUCCGCUCGAGUCGCAAAACCCCGGAUUUCACUGCGCGCACGUGUUCCCUGCAUUGACGAAGGGAGGAGAGAGUAAACCUAUAAUCCCAGCCUUGAACUUCAAAGCCAAUUCUAUCAAGUUACUCGCUUAUCUCUGAUAUGGUUGGAAUUUGUAUUGAUAAAACGAAAAAUCUAAAGAGAGGGAUGGUGGGUGGCGAGAGAGAGAGAGAGAGUGAAAAAAAGGCACGUGUAGCGUCAUCCGCUUGUAGUAUAUUCGUGUGUACUCACACUUUCACUCGCGGCUGUAUAUCGCGCUAGCCAGCCAGCCAGUGAGAAUCACGCAGGUCACUAUUUAAAUUUACGCAGUUCCGUCUCCUCAGUCGGCUUCCGAGCUUAGACGGGCGUAUAUUAUAUGCAUACAACAUUAGCUCCUGUGUAUAUACACUUGCAGCGACUGACGUUUCGUUCCGCGUCUCUGCGCUGCCUCUCUUGUAAUAUCGUACCUGUUGUGUCUCCGUCAACUGACGCUCGAGGGUCAGCGAUCAACCACCCCUUUCGAACGACCGCUGUGCGGAAAUCUUUUAGUUUGUUUUAAAAAUCUGUUGUUUUUUUUCCCCUCGUACAGAUCGGUCGACCGAUUUAUAAAUAAAUUUCCUAGAAGCGUAAAAAGUGUAACUUUCAUUAACGGUCGCACUUGAAAGCCUUGUUUCGUUUCCCGUGUAGACAUGUCGAUGCUGUGCUGCAAAAUCGUGGGCAGACGAGCGACGAGUGGUUUAACACUACGGUCGAUCAGUUUUGCCAAUCACGCGAGUUACAGCAGCAGCGGCAACACUGGUGUACUGGAAAGUCGGUAUGGGGAAAUCGAGGCGCCAAACCAGACGCUCAGCCAGUUCGUCUGGUCAAAGUCGGAAAAUUGGAAAGACAAGGCCGCCGUGGUAAUCUCUACUACACUAAUCUAUCUCAAUAUGUCUUGAUCAUGCAUUUUCGAACUCGUUUUCGAACUCAUGCUCGGUUUCUCAUCGUAUUUUUUUUUUUUUUAUACUGCACCCCAAGGGAGCAUAAUUAUAAUACGUCUCGUGUUGUGGUGACAUCACUGCUCGACGAGAGAGCGAAAGAAGAGUAAACAAAAUCAAUCUAUUGUCUCUCCCUCGACAACCACAAACGCAUAAAUACAUAUAACACGUGUUUAACACGCGUUCGUGCUGCCGCUGAUGUUAAAUGAGCGUAUCCCUCUCUCUCUUUCUCUAAAAACUCGUGUAUUUUUCACAAUUAUUUUGGAGCUCGCUGUAGGCAAUAAUUAGUCGCUAAUGCGAACGCGGGCGCGCUUACGCAAGCUGUGCAUGUGCGAUACGGUCAUUACAAUACGCGAUCGACGUUACUACAACCUAUCGCACAUGCAUACACACAUUAUUCGCGUAUGAUUUCCUCGAGUAAGAUCAAGACGUCUGUUUAUUUUAACUAUUUUUUUGUUUCAUCUCCUCUUUAGGGCUCGUUGAUUGACUGUUAGCGAUUUAAUCGGCAAUAUUGGGGGCGCGUUGGACGAUACUCUCCCCCUCUCUCUCUCUCUCUCUCUUUCGAUCUGCACGGCAUCAAGUGUCAUAUCAUUUUUUUCCUUCCUCGAUAGUUUAUUUGUUAGUAUCAUAGCGGUACGUGGACAGAUUUUGGUAAUUGUUGUUAAAGUUGGUUGUAACUUUUUAAAUCGGUACAUCAGUUUAUUGGUGAAUAUAAUCAAGUUUUUGUUUAAUAAUGCAGCUGAAAGCUUUGUA